AUGUGGGUACGGUCAAUUCAGAGAUCGUCUAACUACGUUUUUAUACGAAGAUUUGCUACUAAAAGGUUACUACUACCUACGCUGGAGAACCAAGUGCCGUCGUUGAAACCAAUAACUCCAAAUGAUGCCUACGUAUCGUGCACAAUAUUUAACAAUAAAGGAGAUAUUACAGCAGUCUCUCGAAAGUUUCCAAAGUUGCCGUUUUUGAGGGAUCACGGAUUGUUCCCUCGAGACCUGCGUAAGCUGGAUUCUUCGACAGUUGAUAUGAUCCCUUCUAUUGUGAUUAAGCCUACAUGUCUUUUGGUUAAUCUGCUUCAUGUGAAGGCUAUAAUUGAGAAGGACAACGUGUAUGUCUUUGACACAUCAAACAAGGAUUCAGCGAUGAAAUUGGGCAUAUUAAUGUAUGAUUUGGAAUCCAAGCUGUCGCGGAAUAUUCCCACACAACAUAUGUCCUCACAGUACUAUGAACACCGGGCCCUGGAAUCCAUCCUUAUUAACGUUAUGACAUGCUUGGAGACUGAAUUCAAGCAUCAUUUAGGCGUUUGUGGCAUGAUUUUAAAUGAACUUGAGGAUGAAAUUGAUAGAGAUAAACUGCGUGAUUUGUUGAUCAAGUCGAAAGAGUUGACCUCUUUCUACCAGAAGUCACUAUUGAUCAGAGAUACUUUGGAUGAGCUUUUAGAAAGUGCUGAGGAUUUAGCUGCAAUGUAUCUCUCUGAGACUAGAUCUACGCAAAAUAAUAACUUCUCAGAUGUUGAAAUGCUUUUGGAAACCUAUUACAAACAGUGCGAUGAGUAUGUCCAGCAGUCCGGAUCCCUCAUGCAGGAUAUAAAAUCUACAGAAGAUGUGGUCAACAUUAUCUUGGAUGCAAACAGAAAUUCCCUGAUGUUAUUCGAACUUAAAGUAACAAUAUACACCCUGGGCUUUACUGUGGCAACUGUUAUCCCUGCCUUUUACGGUAUGAAUCUAAAGAAUUUUAUCGAAGAAAGUACGUUUGGGUUUGGUUCAGUAUUUGUUUUCUCCAUCGCAUCAGCUCUAGCUGUCACUGCAGCUAACUUCAAAGCUUUACGAAGAGUUACAAGACUGACAAUGAUGAACAACCACGCAGGCACCUCCACCGCAAACCACAUUGCUAACGCUCGUUUACAAGUCGACGGAGAAUUGCCCAAUAUAUGGUCCCGUUGGAAGCAUGCUUCCUACAACCUUUGGUAUGGCAAGACUAGAACUCCUACUGACGGCAAACAAAGAGACAUGGUUUGGAGAUGGCUGAUCAACGAUAACAAAAAAUAA